AUGCCCGCUUCACAAACUGGAUUUGGAAACUUCUUCUUGGAGAGGAACAUCAACAUGCCGGCUGGAUAUCAGAUCCCGGUGCUGGGCUGCCCGCCGGGCGUGCAGCAGCAGCAGCUGGCGGCGAUGGCUGCAGGAGUUCCUUUAACGUACUCAGGACUACAAGGAUACAACUUUAUCCCCUAUCCACACCACAGGCACAUCACACACAUGAAUAACGGUUUCGACCUGAAGGCCGCAUCUCCCUACCAUCACGCGCUCCUGGCUCGUGGGGGAGCUUUCUACUCGCCGUACCGCCCGGGAGCAGCGGAGGAUCCCGGGAGGGUCGCCAAGGUGGCCACCCGGGAGAGCACCGGGGCGCUUAAGGCCUGGCUGAACGAGCACCUGAAGAACCCGUAUCCGACCAAGGGCGAGAAAAUCAUGCUCGCGAUCAUCACCAAAAUGAGCCUGACGCAGGUCUCCACCUGGUUCGCCAACGCGAGGCGGCGCCUGAAGAAGGAGAACCGGGUCAGCUGGGCGUCCAAGGGGAAGUCGGACGAGGAGGAGGAUGACGAGGAGCAGGAGGGGGAGAGUGACGAUGAGGACAGCUCGCUGCAGAAAUGUCACCUGGAUGACCAGGAAGACGAGGAAGAAGAAGAAGGGCAAGCUGAGCGCGCAGACACGCAGGAGCAGGUGGGGAGCGCAGCACCUGUGGAGGAGCAUUUGGAGAUGCAGCAGCAGCAGCCAGGCAGCGAGCACCAGGACAGAAAUCUCGCACUUGUCAAGAAAGUUGAAAACUCGGAACACACACCUUCCGUUUUGGAAAGUAAAGACAACAUUGUGAACCAGAAACCAAAAAUCUGGUCUUUGGCAGAAACUGCCACCUCGGACACUGUGAAGAAACCCGUGGACAGUAUUUACCAUCCGGCCGGGAAACUUUGGGCAGAGUGGGCUUCAAGGAACGGCCUGUUUGUCCCCACAUACACACACACUCGUGAACUCAUCUGAGCGCGUGUGUUUGGACUCAAAUGAAGAGACUUUUAACCACAUCUUUUUUUUUGCACUUUAAACUAUCAAACCUCAGGAAACUUUUACCUCCUGAAGUUUGCAGUGAAAUGUUCUGGGACCAAAGACUAAA